GGCCGCGCUCGUGACGGUUCGGCGCGAAUCGGAUGUGUUCGUGCGUCUCGACGUCGAGUUGAGUAGAAUCGAUAGCAUAGAAAUCGGAGCCUACUUCAGUUGUCAUCGAGUUCUCGUAUUGUUGUUCUUCCUAGUACGAAAAAAACAUGGCAUGAACGUGCGUAUAUUAGUGCCAUCCGCGUAAGGGCUCAUCAAUCGAUUGACAGUGUCACUGAAUUUACUGCAAUAUCGAUAAAUAAGAUGCGCCUUGAAAAUGCUGGACGAGGGAGAUGAAGUCCCUUUCGAGAUCGCUCUCGAUCCGAUAGGAGAUGAAAUCCAGAAGCUUAGUGUUGUACAAAAUCUACCAAGUCUUUUAGCUUCUGACACACAGUCAUGUAUGUCGCGAGUGGUACCUAAGAUGCAGCAGUCUCUGUCCACUGCAUCAACUGAAUUUCACAUAGCAGCAUCAUCUGCAUUUAAAACAAUUUUAGAGCAGAAGCUUGUCAGCUAUUAUGUUUUUAGUCAGACAUUCCUUCAAAGUAUAUUAAAUUCACUGCACAUUCGUGACCCAGUUAUCUGUGAUGCAUGGUUGGAGACCUUACUGGAUGUGAUAGAGUUACUGCCGGUAGAAAUCAUAAGAACACAGAUUCUUCCAACGACUAUAAGUAAAGGACAAUUAUCACAACCUAUCUACUCCAGGAUAACAUGCAGCAAAUUAUUGGGCAAAAUUAGCACACGGUUUGAUUCUACUAUGAUACAGAAGGAAAUUCUACCGACAGUACACUCUCUUUGUCAGGAUGUUAGUAGUGAAGUACGAGCUAAUAUCUGCUUGCAAUUAUGUUUUGUCGCAGAAGGCCUCGGUGUCGAAUCUGUAAAACCUGCUUUACUACCAUCUCUUGUAGAAUUAGCAAGCGAUGAAGAAAGCAAUGUAAGAUACAUCUCAGUACAGACAAUAGUGUAUUUACUACCUCAUCUUCAGGAAGAUACAAUAAAAACUAUAAUAGCACCACUUGUUAAGAAGCUAUGUGAGAGUGCAAGUAAAUCAGAAGAUAAUGUGAUAUGUAUGAUAGCUCAGGAGUUUGGGAAACUUGUACUUAACUUAGAAAAGUGUUUAUCAGUGUCAGAGAAAGCAUGGUUCUUAAAGUACUAUCAGCAACUUGCACAAAUGGGAAUACCAUCAUCGAAGAAGGAGAAGCAAUACUUUAUAUUUAUGAGCAGUAAUCCCACGGAAGAUGAAAGAUAUGUGGAAUGUAGAAGUCAUUGUGCAUUUAAUUUACCUGCGCUGUUUAUCUUUGUAUCAAAUUCACCAGAAGAUGUGGAUUCAUUACUUUUGACGCUUGAUUUGUUAACAAAUGAUCAUUACUAUAUGGUUCGUAAAACCGUUGCGUCUGGACUUCAUGAAAUAGUGAAGAUUUUAGGGUCGAAAAGUGCACGAUUAAAAGGGAACUUGAUAAAAUUAUUGAAUGAUGAUUCUGAGGAAGUACUUCAAGGCUUAAUUCCUUAUAUUAAAUUAACACUGGAAUAUUUAAUCGAAAGUCAAGCUAUCGUUACGGAUAAAAUGGAUUCUACUCUCUUGGAAAUAGGUAAAGCUUUAUUAAAGUGUGAGGCUGAAGUUUCGAGUACGCAUAAUUGGAGAUUGACAUCUUUAAUGUAUGCACAACUCGAAAUUCUACCUAAAUGUUUUCCCAGUGACUUUAUAUACUCGUAUUUUGUGCCAAUAGCUUUCUCCAGAAUUUUACAUGCAAGACCAAUACCGGUACGUCUUGCUGCGGGAAUACUAUUUCUUUUCCUUUUACGAUACAAUAUGAAGCCUAUACAGAGAGCUGAGUUGCGUAGUAGAAUAUCUACAGAUUUAGCUAAUAAUUCUGAUUGCUACGUGAGAAUGAUGUUUGUUCGCAUGAUGGUCGAAGCACUGGAGAUCUUUUCCUCUUCUUAUUUUAAGGAACAUUUUUUCAAUAUUUUAUUGACUCUAGCUGAGGAUCCAGUAGCUAAUAUAAGGAUGAAAGUGGUGUCUUUACUGCCACAACUAAAGAGUCAGUUGUGGAUACCAACUGAUAAGAAAUUGCUGACAUCGUUAGAAUCGGUUGUCAGACACUUGAAUAACAAUGAAAAAGAUAGAGAUGUUCUAUUUAUUUUAAAAGACGUCACGCGGGAGUUAGAAGAAAUAGAUAUCAAAUAUGAGGGCCAAACUUUCACAACGAAAUUUACCAAACAAGAUUUGGAAGAUGCCAAAAAAUUGGAAGAAGAAAAGAAACUGUCAGGUAUAAGUACGGGAAAAGUAGCGACUGGAACAGUAAUUAAAAAAGGUGGUUGGACAAAAACAGGUACUGAAGGUGCGACGAGAGGAAUCUCUCAAUCCAAAGAUGGAGCUGCACUUUUUCAACAGACAGUCGGCAGUGUAAAAACAAGAACUCAACUAACAAAUCCUUGGGAAAGAAUAUCAUAUUUUGACUCAAAUACUAACACGUCGUAUCUUAAAUUUGAGAAUGGAGAAUCGUCUAACAAUCACAUCACACAAAAGCCACAAUGUAGCUGCUCCAAGUUGGCAGUAUUCCAGGCUCUCCUGACAUUGCCAGAUGCAUGCGAGCUAGAACACAAGAGCGAUGCUUCUCAAUGCCAGUCUUAUCACGAUAUCGAUGAUAUUGAGGAUCACGCGAAGCUUCGACAGCAAUUUAUGCAAGCGAACGAAUCUAAUUCUUCCGCCAUCACCAAAUCUCUCCUCUUUUCACUCAUGAAAGAGAACAAGCAACAGAUGCAGCAAAAUUUGCUACUAACACGGGACUAUUUACGCGAAUUUCCUACUAAUACCAGCGGCAAAGACAAAGCGCCAAAUUUUGCCGCUUUGCGAGCUGUAACUAACGCUGCGCAUUACAACUCCUGUUGGGCUUUCAGUUCCAUGCCGGAGAUCCCUAUGAUGCAGUCUGACGACGAGUUUCUAGUUGACACUGGCAUCAGGAUACCUGCACAAUUCUCCUCUUCUCAAAGCGCAUCCAAAAUACCGCACCUGCAAGAUUUUAUUUCUGAACGGAGACGAUCAAACAUCACAGUUCGACCAAAGAGCAGUGUGAGCUUUGACAAGGUCAAAUUCAAAAGACAUUCGUCCGUUGAGUACGAGGACUGCAUGAAACGUAGAACCAACGAAUGUGAUUCAUCGAGGAGCACACCGACGUCUAUAGACUACGAGGAUGGACUGCAGCGUAACAUAACAAAGGAGAAUUUGAGUGACCAGCGGUUUUCAAAAACUGACAUGAGAACUAAGAGAUAUUCGGCGCCACAUGGAAGAACAAGAUUCGGCUUUGACGCCAGCCAAGAGAGAUACAUCGACGAGAAGUUGAAACGCAGUUCUCUGAUAUUCGAGAAGGAUAAAUUGAAGCUCACUAAUUCCAAGUGCACAUUGGACCGGACCAAGCGUCAUUCCACGAAUUUUACGAAUCUGAAACUUCCCGACUCUAAGGAGACAAAGCAAAGCUUGAAGCGUCACAGUCUGGAAGAUUAUACGAUGGCUCGACGGACCAUAAGAGGAUAUUUCUCGACGCUGGAUGUGAAUCACAAUCAGGGCCUUAGCAAAAUCCCUUUGAGAAACGUCGGAUCUCGUAGCAGAACUGCGCCUACCACUCGAGCAUCUAGCCCCGUUCAUCUGGAGACACGAUUAAGGUUUGAUAUUGAGAACUGUGAUGACCCUCAGAGCUCUUCUAGCGAGAGGCAUUUAUAUAGAUUUAGCUCGAGUGACGAGCAGGUUGAUAAAUUGUGUAAGAUGUUGUUACAUUCUCAAACGACACAAAGUAGCACGGAGGAAACACCAAAAACUAGAGAAAGAUUUCCUAUUCGCUUGUUGAUGAAAAAACUAUGAAGUAUAUAAUUCUGUCUCCCUCUUUUUCUCACUAUACACACACACACACACACACACACACACACAC